AUGAUGGGUGAAGAUGCACAGCAAACCCGUACCCCAGGGCUUUGGCUAACAACAACGAUUAACUCACAACUAUGCUUUACAUGCUCAGUAAAUAACAAUUGGAAUUAUAAUGGUCAAAUUGGAACUAGUCUUGAGUUAAACAAAUGGUAUCACAUAGCCUACACACUUUCUGAGUCUCAAAAACGUAUGGAACUCUAUGUAGAUGGUGAAUUGGUCGGAUACAAAGAUGUGAAAGAUAUUAUAUUCAAUGAAUUUCCUUUGAAAAUUGGGCAUUCUGAUAUAAAUGCAGAUUUUCAGGGACAAAUGAG